AUGACAGAAGACAUGGUCAUUGGCGGUCACGCUGCGACGAGACUUCGACGUCUGCUUGCGGAAAACCAAAUUAUCCUCGCACCACGCGUCUAUGAUGGGUUCAACGCGAGAAUCGCCCUGGAGGUGGGCUUUGAUUGUCUCUACAUAACUGGUGCAGGCACUUGUGCAUCCGAACUUGGCCAACCCGGUCUCGGCUUCGCCACGUUGAACGACAUGCGCAACCAUGCCGAGAUGAUAGCAAAUUUGGAUCCCAGAUUCCCACUGAUCGCCGACGCUGACACGGGCUACGGAGGUCCAGACAUGAUCCAAACCAAGCAAUGCGGCCAUCUGGGGUGUAAAGCGGUCGUUCAGCUUGAAGUUUUUGUGUCUCGUUUCAACGCGGCUGCUGCUGCCCGGCGCAAGCUCAAAUCCGAUAUUGGCGAUAGUGUCACAUAG